AUGACGAACAGUGAAAUGGAUAUAUCGCUGAAGAUGGCUGGUCCUAUCAAAAUGCUGAUGGAUGACCUCAUGAAUAUGAAACUCAUUCUGCGUUGUGGUAUUUGUUGUUCCACUUUAAGAGAUCCUGUUGUAACGACGUGCUGUCAUGCUUUCUGCAAGGAGUGUCUUCAUCAAUGUAUCGACAAACUGAAAACGUUGAAGUGUCCAGUAUGCAAUCAACGUUUAAACAGAAGGAAUUGUGGGGAUUGUCCUCAACUCAACGACAUACUGGAUAGAUAUUUGAAAUUUGCAAGAGCGUACAAACGAGAUUGUUUGGGGAUACGUUUACCGAAAGAGGCUGAAUUCAUCGAAAGUCAGUUAGUAAAUACUCAAAAUACUGUCACUUCUACAGUUGCUCGUUUACCACUCCGAUCUACCACGAAUACUGUUAUUUCGAAUUCAAAGGAGCAACCUUCAUCCAGUAAGCAGCCUUCUGUUUACUUUCCGUUAAAACGGUCUUUCGAUGAUGUGCGCGUUUCAAAUGGAAGUCAACGUACUGAGAGCGAACCACCCGAACAAAAACAGCGUAGACUUUGUGAGUCUAGUCAACUGAAUGGCAACAUUCCGAGGACGGCUCCUAUCGUCAUAUUGCGAAAAACGUUGAAGUCCGCAUUUCGAUCAUCACUAUCCAAACCGACAAAUCUUUCGACAAUCCUCGAAAGUUCCACGGAUUCUUCUGCGACACCUUCAGAUGUACAAACUCAUGCAAAUGAAAGUAUGCAGCAAGCGCAGCAAAUUUCUGAUCGAUCUUCACAAAUCUCUGAGUCGUUGAAUGAGCCAUCGAAACAACUUUCUCGAGCAGAUUGUGCGGCAGUGUCAUUGUCACCGCAGGAAUCUUCUCUGUCGAAGACUUGCACCACCACCACAGAAGCACUUACUGAUCAAAGGGCAAACAAUGUUGUUGUUGUUGUGGUCAGUGGCAAGAGUUUGGAUCAAAACCUUCCCGAAAGUGAUGCAAAUAAUAAUGCCAAUACUACUGAAGGCGUUCCGAUAGCGCCUCCUUCGUCAUCACUCGAAUGCGGUUGGUCAGAUGCUGCCGAUAGAGAUGUUGAUAUGGUGACGGGAUCUGAUGCGAUAUCAACUACGCUGAAGAAUUUAGAAUCAGAUGUUGCAAUUGGAACAGUCGAAAAUCAGUACGGAAAAAUGGAUGGGAUUGAGACAUCGGACAAAAAUAUACAACAACAAAUAAAUUCUUUACAGAUCUCUCAAGACUUCCAUAAUGCAACAGAUGACCACAUCUCAAAACAAGAGCAAUUACGAAAAGAGCAUUCAUCUCAGCAAUUGAAAGCAGUGCCAACUGAAGGAUGUCGAUCGAAUAAUGAUCCAAAUAUCAUGAGGAGUGAUGCUCUCCACGGAACUGAUCGCAGUAAUGAUAAUGUUGAAGAGUCGAGAAAUGCUAACAAGCAAAAUCGUGACGUUUGUUUACAAGUUCUAUUGCCAACUGCUCGUCGAAAUGUUAAAAUACAAGUGAAACGCAGAUGUAAAGAUCAUUUUACUCAAACGGAUUCGGGCAGUUUCAUGGCAGACGCAGUUCCUGUGGUAGAUUUAGAUCAUGCUUACGUUCUGCACAAAGCUGCCGCACCCAACCAUGUUUCAUCACAAACGCCGUCAAUUAGGCAAGUAAAUGUGGGUACUCAAGUGGAACAGUCGGCAGUUGAUGUUCGCGUCAGUGAAGUGUCAACCCAAACUGAGGGUGGUGGUGAGUGCGAACGGAAAUCGAUGGACAUUCAGACCGAUUUUUGUGGAAUCGAUCGGAUUCGAAUAGUUGAUAAAGGCGAUAAAGCUGAUUCGGAAACAGGCUCAACGAAACGAUUAUCAGUUGACUGCUACGUGCAGACAACAGCAACGACAACAGCACCAAAUUUGGAUCGUUUCAAAAGUGAUGCGAGUGAAGCAGUCAGUAAAUUGGAGUUGAUGGUUACNUUAGCAGAAACUCGUGUACAAGCACUGUUGGCAUGUCUUCCGUGGAUACCGACUUUCCUUGGAAUGAGUUAUGAUAAUUUUUGUGAGCGUUUCGAUUGUGACGAUCUGACUGAAAUCGAUCAUCAACGCCUUGAAAACAACGCGGAACGAAUUGAUACAAAUGACGAUGAAUGUCGCUCAGUGGUUGAUGAAAGUGAAGUGGCAACUCACAAAUACGUGCGUGUUGGAGACGUUGAUCAAACUGAACCUAUGGCUACUCACUCUCAACAGACUGAAAAUAAUCCUGUUGAUGAUGAAACGAAUUGUGGUGACCAUCGUGAACGGCUGGAGCAAUCAAAAGUGGAGAACUGCACUCAGAGAUCAGCAACGAAACACUCUCAGUCGCAAGUCUAUUCAUCUUCUGAAUCGAUGACGAUCGACAACAGUGGAACACUCGCAAACAAUAGCCUUCUGUGGUCAUCUCAGCAACCCUCUGUUUCAAUCGCAUCCAAAAUCAACACAUUCAUAAGCAACUGUAAAGAAGUGGUUACGAACUCGUUGCAGACAUGUCCGAUGGCAUCGUCUUCGUCUUGUGUGGCCAUCAAAUUUAUGGUAUCUGGUCUUAAACAAACUUCUGAAGCGGAACAAGUGAAGUCGUUCUUGAAAAUGUUUCCCACAUCGUGUCUCUCACAUGAAAUGACCCGUGACUGCACUCAUCUAGUCAUCUAUAAUACAGAAGAUCGUUUGUGUAAGAGUCGUUCGCUGAAAUAUGCGUACGCAAUAGCGAAUCGUUGCAUUAUUGUCACGCAUCAGUGGAUCGUUGAUUCAGUUCAGCAGAAAGAACUUCAGUCGAUUGAUGGCUAUGAAGUGGAAGGUGAUCUGCAAGUGAAUCGAUGCAGUCGGGCCGCACGACGUUCACGUCAAGGAGAUGCGGACCUCUUCAAUGGAUUCACCUUCUAUUUGCCCGUUCCGUACUUCCGCUUUUCGAAAAUUGUCACGAAAGAUCGUCUUCAAGAAAUAAUCGAGAUGAUGUCUGGAAAGUGUGUGGAUCAUUUGUGGGACUUACCAUCGUCAUCGAAGCGUGCUUUCAUCAUAUUCGCUCCAGGAUCGUCGAGUGUAAGCGCGGCUAGAAAAUUCGAAUUAGAUAAAGGUGUUGAAGUGUUGCGUGCAGAUUGGAUAUUGGAUUCAGUCUGUGAAUAUCGGGUUUUACUAGACAAUACGCAAAUAUAUCGAGUGGCACUUCCCAUUGGUCAGUGA